UGUGAUGAUGAGCAAACGCCAUCCACUGAGGAAGAGCGUGAGAUGCGAGUCAAAGCCAGAAAAAAAAUACAAGUUAAACUAACAGCCAACUCAUCUGAAGUUGGCUGUUUAACUUCCUCGCAGUCUACUCUUCCAACAUGGACUACGUCUUAUGGUCAGAGUUACAUUAAGGUGACAGAACAAACCAAUAAUUCAUGUUAUAAGAUCUGCCCACCUGGAUAUCAUAAAACUGGCAGCUGUGAUGAUCCAGCUGCAACUCACAAAUGUGAAAAAUGUGAAAAUAACACAUUCACAACGAUAGAAAACCACUCACCGCGUUGCCGCAGGUGCAGCCCAUGUAGUAAUGAUGAACAGGUAGCAAAGCCCUGCUCCUUUAAUAAGGAUGUGUUAUGUGAGUGUAAAAAAGGAUACUACUACCAGUACAAUGGAAAGUCUGACUCCAGAUAUAAGUACUGCGUGCCAUGCCCAUGUCCAAUUUGUAAAGAUCCUAAUAGUCCUGAAUACAAAACGGAGUGCCAGACCUGCCAAAGGGAGCAGUGUGUGAAUAACACAGAAUGCAAGAAGAGAUGUAUGGCAACUAAACUUCCACCUCCAAUUACGGCUACAUCUGCAACUACGAUAACUAAAUGUAUGAAUGUUACAGCAGCAACAACUACACCUUCAAAUGAAACUUUGAAUCUACAUAAAACUAAGAUGGACAAUAUCUCCUGGCAUUAUCUCAAGGUGGUUGCGCUGAUAUUUGUGGUGUUCUUUGGGCUCCUGCUGUUCUACAUCAGGAGAUAUCCAGGAAACCCAAACUGUCAUCCCUGCUGGAGCACGAACAAAGGCAUGGAACCACAUGCCAAGGACCCCAAAUUCAACGAGCAAAGAAGUCAGCAAAACAGCAGCCUGGCCACGCUGACCUAUGAUAUAUAUGAGGAAACUCCCAUGAUGCAACUCAGUCACAGUCCAGCCACACCACAAUGUCCAGCCCCUAUCAGUACCCUUCUGCCAAAUGCUGAAAACCAAGCUGCCAGACAAGAUGAGAAAUCAGAGCAUUGGCCAGCCAUUGUCCUCUAUGCGAUUAUUAAGGAGGUGCCCUUGCGUAGGUGGAAGGAGUUCUUGCGUCUGCUCUCGGUGGCUGAUCAGCAGCUGGAGCGGGUGGAGCUGGAGGCUGGUCUGGGUUCCAUUGAGAGGCAGUACCAAAUGCUGAGGCUGUGGAGCCAGCGCUCCUCUGCAAGCCUGAACGAUGUCUUCUCGGCUUUGCACUACAUGGAUUUAUCUGGCUGUGCCCAGCUGCUGCAGGAAAGCCUGGAGAAGCUGCAGUGCAGCCCUGAACCGAAGUAAGGCUUCACAGCCUGCAGAAGUUACACAAACUGUGGUUUCCGUGGGGCAAUGCAGGACACCUGAGGCUGCACCUGGAGACAUAAACAUCAUGCUGUUAUACGAUGCAAGACAUCAGUGCUUCAACCCUGGACACAAGUGCAUAAGACUAGAAACUUCAAAUUCCUGGAAAGGACAUUACUAACUGUAGCUACUAUAAGGUACAACCAUAAAAAACUGCAAUGAUGAUGCAAAUAUAAAAUGAUCUAUACCGAAACAUGCAGAUUCAUAUUACAGUCUAACUAAGAGUUAAAUGGCAUUACGGAGCACUUUGGAGAUCCUGAUAGGUCCAGCUGAAAUUGGAGUAUUUCCUUUUUUCCUACGUCUUUUAAUGGAUAAAUAUCAUCAAAUGCACUCCAGAUAAGUGUUUAAUAUGUUUUUUCUUCAUAGAGUAAAGCAGAACAUUUGUAUGAAGUUUGCAAUCUAUUUUACAUCCAGAUUGACACUUCAGAUGCAGAUGCUCAUGUAGAAAAUAAUGGAUUUGUUGUGGUGGCAGGGACAGCUGCAGAGCUGGAGCUUGGACCAUUAAGUGGCUUCCUCACCUGCAUGUGACAGCAAAAACAAUAGCAUUUUUAAGAAAGACAUCAUCCCUGUUAAUAUUCAGGCAGUAAUCUAGUUAAAAAAAAAUAAUUAAAAAUAAAAGAAUUGAGGGAAAUCCCUUUCCGUGAGCUAUACUGAAAAUCUACUAUUACUGUCAGACACCACUUAACUUUCAGCUUCUCGUAUGGUGUCUCCUAAAAGCCGACAGUGGAGGGCUGUGGUUUCAGAGCGCACUGCUGAAAUGUAAAAAUGUGUAACUCUGUGACUGUAUAUGUGUAUGAAAGGUAAGCGGGGUGUGCUGAAAAUGAAGAAAAACCUCAUUGUUUGAAUUCUACAUAGGCGGUUGACUCUGACUGACACGAUUAUUUUACCUCCAGAAAUCAUGUAACUAGUCAAAGUGAGGACUCUUGCUCAGUUUGAUUAUUUAAACUGAACAUUUCAGUGUACAUCCAUGAUGUUUGAGCAGCAUUGCUACAGAUCAUUCCACCAUGUCUAAUACCUCCUUCAUCCCGUUUGACUUGAAAGUCUUUUACAACAACUCAGCUGCUGAUUCUUGUUGCGCACCCUCACAAGGGAAGAAAACUGAAAUCCCCAUAGGACGUCAGAUUUUCAGUUUCCAGCAGAUAAAUGGUGACAAAGUGCAGUAUGCUGGGUUUUUCCUCACCACACAUAUUCCAUCCAAACCGAUGGUUUCCUCCAUUGGUGUUGUUGUAUCUCACAACUGAGAGUUUUUGUGUGUUAGUUCAGUUACUGACAGUAAAGAAGUUGGGCUUUCCAAUAACUGAGUUUAUUAAUUAAUGUUUUAAUAUGAAUCUAGCAGUGUAGUUUUUGGCUUUGGUGUUUGAGGCAUGUGUGUGAGUAAAUAUGUAAUAAUUAUUAUUUUUCAUUUUCUGAAACUACCAAUGCUUGAGCAUUUUGUUACAAAGCUGAGCGAGUCGAUUGUCAUACUGAAACUGCCAGCUGUGGAAUUUUAUCCUCGGUGGAGUCACCUGUGGCACAAAUGUAUGGUGUCAACGUAUAAUUAUGCAGUUUGUCAUGAA